GGUGUGCCAAGGGGCUAAGGAAGCCCGCUGGGGAGUAAGGGCCCAUCCAUUUCGAUUCCAGUGAGUGGCCUCUUUUUCCCAUUUUAAGGACCUGGCCAUGGGGACUGACAUGGAUGGAAAGAAGAUCAAAGACCCCAUGAAGAUCAUCAUACCCAUCCUGCUGGACCCCAGCGUGCAGGCCUAUGACAAGAUCCGCAUCAUCCUGCUCUAUAUCUUCCUGAAGAACAGUGUGAGCGAGGAGAUCCUCAGCAAGCUGAUCCAGCAUGCCAACAUCCAGCAGCAGAGCGACAUCAUCCACAACAUGCAGCUCCUGGGCACCUCCCUCACGCCUGGGAAGGGGCAGCUGCGACCCGAGAGGAAGUUGCGGCUGGAGUCCACCUACCGGCUCUCCCGCUGGACCCCCAGGCUCAAGGACGUCAUGGAGGACAUCACUGAGGACAGACUGGACAAGAAGCUGUGGCCCUUCAUGUCGGACCUGGUCCCUACAACCAGCUCCCGGGCUGCUGUCAGCCCCUACUUCAGGCAUUGGCACAAGAACAAGCCAGCGGUCGAGUACCCAACGGGCCCGCGCCUCAUCAUCUACGCGCUGAGUGGAGUGUCCAUGUCUGAGAUGCGCUGCGCCUACGAAGUGACCCAGGCCAGUGAGGGCAAGUGGGAGGUGGUGAUCGGUUCCAGUCACAUCCUGACCCCCAAGCGCUUCCUGGAUGACGUCCAAACCCUCGACCAGCUGGCCCCCAAAGAGGCCAAGAAGCAGCCCCUUCCCCCAGAGACUCUGCCCCCCACAGCUCGCUGCCCCCAGCUCCACCUGCUCUUUUCAACAAGGCACCUUCCCCCCUACUCCUGA